UGUGCUUCCCAGCCCGCAACAUGGCAGUGCUGUCCUUCCUGCUGUCAGGGCUGCUGCUGUGCUGGGCAGGUGUGUGUGGUGCCAUCCCUGACCCCCGCCAGAGGGAAGCCUUGAUGCAGCAGGAGGCCUCCCUGCAGAUAGGGGGCAGAAUGGUGCUGACAGAGGCAGAGAGGAGGCUGAGUGCUCACCUACACAAACUCAAACAGCAGGAGAUGGCCGGGACACAGUUUCCCCCUGCCAUGCACUUCUUCAAAGCACGACCCCUCAUCCAACGUAGCCCCAUAUUCAGCUUACUACAGAAGAUGCCCAAAGGGGCCGCUCUGCAUGUUCAUAGCUCUGCAUUGGUGGGGGCGGACUGGCUGGUGAAGAAUGUGACGUACAGGCCUCACUGCUACGUGUGCUUUACCCAGCACCAGUCUGUGCGUUUCCGCUUCUCUGCCUGGAAGCCCCACCCACAACCGCAGUGCUCCCCCUGGCUGCUGCUGGAGACUCUGCGGGGCAAGACGGACAACGUCACUGACCUGGACAACAGUCUGAUACAGAACCUCACACUGUUCACACCCGACCCCGAGGUGGCCUACCCCAAUCAGGACGCUGUGUGGAGCAGGUUUGAGGAGACUUUCGAUACAGCAUCUGGGCUGAUAAGCCACGCUCCUGUGUUCAAGGACUAUUUCUACCAGGGCCUGCAAGAGUUCUACAAAGACAAUGUCAUGUAUCUGGAGCUGAGAGCUGCACUGUCAGAGACGUACGAACUGCAUGGCAGAACACACCACAGGGCCUGGAGCCUAAAAGCCUAUCGGGAUGUGGCCAAGCGGUUCAUCAAUGAACAUCCUGACUUUCUGGGGGUUCGGAUCAUCUUCACUGCCCAAAGGAGUUUGAAUUUGUCUGGGGUCAGACGAGCAGUGAAGGAUGCCAUGCACCUUCAUAGAGAGUUUCCAGAGGUCAUGGCAGGUUUCGACCUGGUGGGGCGGGAGGACAGCGGGAGACCCCUCUGGUACUUCAGAGAGGCCUUGUCUCUGCCAGCGGAGCUCGGGGUCACUCUGCCCUACUUCUUCCAUGCAGGGGAGACGGACUGGGAGGGUACUGACAUGGAUGAGAACCUUCUGGAUGCCCUACUUUUCAACACCACUCGCAUUGGACACGGCUUUGCCCUUGCACAUCACCCUCUGGCCAAGGAGCUCUCCAGGAAGAGGGGUGUGGCUGUGGAAGUGUGCCCCAUUUCCAACCAGGUGCUGAAGCUCGUCUCAGACCUGCGGAACCACCCUGCUGGAGUGCUGAUGUCAGACAGCCAUCCGUUGGUUGUCAGCUCAGACGAUCCAGCUAUCUUCGGAACCUCUGGGCUCUCAUACGACUUCUAUGAAGCGUUUGUGGGCAUCGGUGGGAUCAGUGCCCAUUUGGGCACACUAAAGGAGCUGGCCAUAAACUCUAUCAGAUACAGCUCUCUGUCCCCUCAACUGAAGGACAAAGCACUGGCCCUUUGGCAGAACAAGUGGGUUAAGUUCAUUUCUGAGAACUCGCCGUAG